AUUUAUUAUGCACAACUCAUCGAUCAAGCGAUAAAUAUAGAGAAAGGUAGCAUUUGCUUAAACAACACUUGAGUUUGUGAGAAAAUAGUUAUAUUCAGUUAAAGAAAAAUGACAGGGACCUUGGCUCACCUCACUCUUGCAUUUGGCCUUCUUGGCAAUAUUGUCUCAUUUAUGGUAUUUCUUGCGCCAAUACCAACGUUUUAUAAAGUUUAUAAAAAGAAAUCGACUGAAGGAUUUCAAUCAGCGCCUUAUGUGGUGGGCUUAUUCAGUGCAAUGCUUUGGAUAUAUUAUGCUUUGCUCAAGACCAAUGUUUUGCUUCUCAUUACCAUUAACUCAGUUGGUUGCUUCAUAGAAACCUUGUACAUUUGUUUCUUUCUUUUCUACGCGCCAAAGAAGGCUAGGAUGGAGAGUUUGAAGCUAAUUGUAUUGCUAAUAGUCGUUGGCUUCGGAUUGAUUGUUGGCUUGACUCAAUUUUUUGCAAGUGGAGUUACUCGUGGUGUGAUAGUUGGAUGGAUAUGCCUUGUGUUCUCUUUAUGUGUUUUUGUAGCGCCUUUGGGAGUUCUGCGACAAGUGAUUAAAACAAAAAGUGUAGAGUACAUGCCAAUUCUAUUAUCGGUAGCACUUACCCUCAGUGCAGUUAUGUGGUUCUUUUAUGGUCUUCUUCUUCGUGACUUCAAUAUUGCGAUUCCAAAUGUGCUCGGGUUCACCUUCGGUAUUAUUCAGAUGAUACUAUACUACAUGUACAAGAACAAGAAGCCCAUUUCCAACGAAAAAAUCACUGAGUUUGAAGCAAAAAAAUACCCUGUCGGUGAAAUGGAGGGGAAAAGGUUCCAAGAAAGAGUAGACCACAAAACAAUAGAUGUUGUGAAGCUAACCGCUUUGAUUUCUUCUGAUAUUCUUCCGGUUGUGACCAAACUCAAAGAAAACGGACAUGAUGCUGGUCAUGUAGCCGUUGAACCUCAAGCUCACCCAAAUGUGCCAAAUCACAUUAUUGAAGUCACUGCAUGAUGAGAUAUAUGCAUAUACCUUCUCUUUUGAUUUGGUAAAAUCAAAUAUAUAUGUAUGGGGUGUUGAUCUUGCUUCUGAACAGAAUUUGCAACAAAUAUUUGUAUUUUCUUCACUGAAGUUAAUGAUCAUCAAUGUAAAUAUGUUUGAGCUUCAAACUUUUAUGUGAAUAUCGUUCCUUUUUCUA